AUGAGCAUCAGGGCUUCGAGGGCGAACCCGGCGUUGUACGUGUUGCGGGAGCGGAUUCGCAAGGGUUUGCAGUUGUACUCUUCGGAGCCCACGGAGCCUUAUUUGAAUUCGCAAAACUAUGGAGAGUUGUUUUCUAAUCAAACAGUUUGGUUUAUAGAUGACACAAAUGUCUACAGGGUCACAAUUCACAAAACCUUCGAAGGAAACCUCACCACCAAACCCGUCAACGGAGUCAUCUUCAUCUUCAACCCCCGCACAGGUCAGCUGUUUCUGAAGAUAAUUCACACGUCGGUGUGGGCGGGGCAGAAGCGGCUGACGCAGCUGGCGCGGUGGAAGACUGCGGAAGAAGUGGCUGCGCUGAUUCGGUCUUUGCCUGUGGAGGAGCAGCCGAAGCAAAUCAUUGCAACUCGAAAGGGAAUGCUGGACCCCCUGGAAGUGCAUUUGCUGGACUUUCCCAACAUCGUGAUCAAAGGCAGCGAACUCAACCUCCCCUUCCAGGCCCUCAUGCGCAUUGAGAAGUUCGGCGAUAUGAUCCUCAGAGCGACGCAGCCGGAGAUGGUUCUCUUCAACAUGUUCGACGACUGGCUCAAGUCCAUCUCCGCCUACACCGCCUUCUCCCGCCUCCUGCUGCUCCUCCGCGCGCUCCAA